UCAAAUACUUAACUUAAAAUUAUCAGGUUCAUUCAUUUAUCAGCAUGAAACUGCUUCCUGUUGUCCUUAUUCUUGUCUACGCACACAUCUGGGUUGGUGCUGAACCACAGUGCCCACCAGUAGAUGGCGAGCGUCCAGUUUUUAUCCCAAGUCCAGAUUGUAAUAAAUAUUACAUGUGCGGAAACGGAAUUCCUUAUUUGAUAACAUGUCCUGGAAAUCUACAUUUCAAUCCAACUCUAAAUGUGUGUGAUUGGCCCGAUCGUGCAGGAUGUAAAGAAGGUGAAGAGUGUCUAGCUGAUUAAUUUUUACAUCUUAAAUAUAUUAAAAAUGCAAUGAUUAGA